GGGAAAAGCAGAGAGAGUGGCCAACCAGACUAAUGCUGCUGAUUGGCUGGGGAGUCGAGGGGGCGGGAUCAACCUAGGGGAACCUGGGUUCUGAGUUCCGCUCUGCCUUCUAAACUACAACUCCCAGGAAGCAUUGAGGCGACGCCUGACGACCACAUCUGCUGCUUCUCAUUGGUCCGGCGGCAGGGGAGGGCGUUUUGAUUGGCUGAGGGUGGAGUUUGUAUCUGCAGGUUUAGCGCCACUCAGCUGGCUGAGGCUGCGGAGAGUGUGGGGCUCCAGGUGGGCUCACGCGGUCGUGAUGUCUCGAGAGACGGAUGUGGAGGCUCAGCAGUCCCAUGGCAGCAGUACCUGUUCACAGCCCCAAGGCAGCGUUACCCAGUCCCAAGGCUUCUCCUCACAGUCCCAGGGCACAUCGAGCUCCUCUACCAGCACUGUGCCAAACUCAAGCCAGUCCUCUCACUCCAGCUCUGGGACACUGAGCUCCUUAGAGACAGUGUCCACUCAGGAACUCUAUUCUAUUCCUGAGGACCAAGAACCUGAGGACCAAGAACCUGAGGAGCCUGCCCCUGCCCCCUGGGCUCGAUUAUGGGCCCUUCAGGAUGGAUUUGCCAAUCUUGAAUGUGUGAAUGACAACUACUGGUUUGGGAGGGACAAAAGUUGUGAAUAUUGUUUUGAUGAACCACUGCUGAAAAGAACAGAUAAAUACAGGACAUAUAGCAAGAAACACUUUCGGAUUUUCAGGGAAGUGGGUCCUAAAAACUCUUACAUUGCAUACAUCGAAGAUCAUAGUGGCAAUGGAACCUUUGUAAAUACAGAGCUUGUAGGGAAAGGAAAACGCCGUCCUUUGAAUAACAAUUCUGAAAUUGCACUUUCACUAAGCAGAAAUAAAGUUUUUGUCUUUUUUGAUCUGACUGUAGAUGAUCAGUCGAUUUAUCCUAAAGCAUUAAGAGAUGAAUACAUCAUGUCAAAAACUCUUGGAAGUGGUGCCUGUGGAGAGGUAAAGCUGGCUUUCGAGAGGAAAACAUGUAAGAAAGUAGCCAUAAAGAUCAUCAGCAAAAGGAAGUUUGCCAUUGGUUCAGAAAGAGAGGCAGACCCAGCUCUCAAUGUUGAAACAGAAAUAGAAAUUUUGAAAAAGCUAAAUCAUCCUUGCAUCAUCAAGAUUAAAAACUUUUUUGAUGCAGAAGAUUAUUAUCUUGUUUUGGAAUUGAUGGAAGGGGGUGAGCUGUUCGACAAAGUGGUAGGGAAUAAACGCCUAAAAGAAGCUACCUGCAAGCUCUAUUUUUACCAGAUGCUCUUAGCGGUACAGUACCUUCAUGAAAACGGUAUUAUACAUCGUGACUUAAAGCCAGAGAAUGUUUUACUGUCAUCUCAAGAAGAGGACUGUCUUAUAAAGAUUACUGAUUUUGGGCACUCCAAGAUUUUGGGGGAGACCUCUCUCAUGAGAACUUUAUGUGGAACCCCCACGUACUUGGCUCCUGAAGUUCUUGUUUCUGUCGGGACUGCUGGGUAUAACCGUGCUGUGGACUGCUGGAGUUUAGGAGUUAUUCUUUUUAUCUGCCUUAGUGGGUAUCCACCUUUCUCUGAGCAUAGGACUCAGGUGUCACUGAAGGAUCAAAUCACCAGUGGAAAAUACAACUUCAUUCCUGAAGUCUGGACAGAGGUCUCAGAGGAGGCUCUGGACCUUGUCAAGAAGUUGUUGGUGGUGGAUCCAAAGGCACGUUUUACGACAGAAGAAGCCUUAAGACACCCGUGGCUUCAGGAUGAAGACAUGAAGAGAAAAUUUCAACAUCUACUGUCGGAGGAAAAUGAAUCUGCAGCUGUACCCCAGGUUCUAGCCCAGCCUUCUACUAGUCGAAAGCGGCCCCAUGAAGGGGAAGCCGAGGGUGCUGAGACCACAAAGCGCCCAGCUGUGUGUGCUGCUGUGUUGUGAACCCCGUAGUUUGAACAUGAAAGACAUGGACCUUCUUUCACUGUCAUCUUUCUUUUCUUUAAGUCUUUUUUUCAUAGUUUCUAUUUUAAUUAUGGGAUAAUUGCUUUUUCGCUGUCACUGAUUUACAAUUAAAAACCUGAUGGAAACUGG